UGUGUUCAUCAAGUAGCUAGUUUUGUUAUGUGUGUGUUGUCAGGGUUGGCUCAUUAGGUUGCUCUCUCUAUCUCACUCACUUAUUCACUAUCUGUGUGCAUGCUCAGGGUCUCCCAGCCGAGUUGGCUCUUAAUAAGAAACUCCAGAAUCUGGACUUGGGGAAUAAUGUGAUCACAAGAUGGUCCGAUCUGAAGGUGCUCGAUUCAUUGGUCAAUCUGAAAAAUCUCAAUCUGCAAGGGAACCCUAUUGUUGAAAAGGAUAAAUUAGCAAAGAAGAUUAAAAGAAUAUUGCCGAACCUGCACGUAUUCAAUGCAAGACCAAUAGAUAAAUACACCAAGAAUGAAAAGGAUGCUGGAGUUGAUGAAGUUGAUGAUUCUUCACUUAAUGCUGCUAACAAGCAAGAAAGUCAAACAGAAAAGCGAAAAGAUAGAGACUUCAAACAUCUUAUGAUGGCUGGAACUAAGAGUGGUACUAAGGGUGGUAUUGGUAAGCUUGAAAACUCUAGUGAUUCUGAUACGAAGAAAUUGAAACCGAAAAGGCAGAAACCAGAUGACAAUGUCUCAAACCACGAAGUUUUGGUCCAGGGGGAUGAAAAAAGUGAUCAUGUCAAGAAAAAGAGCUACAAACAUCAGGUGUUAAAUGAAAGUGAUCCUAGUAAUCUUCAAAAAGCUGGGGAUUUGGAGAAGGAAUCACAGAAAAAGAAGCAGAAAAAGAAUCCACCCCAUACAGAAGAUAAUACCAAGGUUGGGAAAAAACUAGAGAAAGCAAAGGUGAAACAACAAGGUGAACUUGAUGUUAUUGAUGAUGCAGACACACCGUUUUUGGAGCUUUUUUCUGUUAAUAUGGGAGAUGCUGAGGUUGGUGGUGAAAACAAAGUUAAUGACAAGGUCAGUCAAGAGGCGAAUUUGUUGGGUGGCUUAGUAACCUUCCCUUCUAAGAGGAAAAAAGCUAAAAAUCGCGGCACUGGUUCUACACUACAGCCAUUGCCUGUGGAUGAAAUUGGAACAGGCGGACCAUCAACAUGGGGUGAUGACUAACAUUGUGAAGGCAGAUGUUUUGAGCCGAUGAAAUUUUGUGUUGAGGUAGCUUUCAGAUUGUACCUCUUCUCCUCUUCUAGUCUUCCUCAAAUUUGGCUAAAAUCGUGCAAAACUAGUUGUAGAUGUACUUGCUAUGUCUAAAAAUUUGGGUCAGGACACUUGAAUCAAAGCAGUAAAGAAACGUUUUGUUUGA